GCCAAUAGUACUUGUGCCUUUCACAGCGCCAACUUAGCCACUUCAAUUAAUUCACUUUAAUUAAAUCAAAGCAAUGACUGCUGCUGCGGAAAGCAAAGGACCCCUUAUCGGCAUACGACAUCUGCAGGCAAUGCUGCUCUUCUUAGUCAUAUGUGUAAACUAUAUGGGGCGACUAAAUGUGAGCGUGGCCCUGGUAGCCAUAACAGAUGCAGCUACAUCCAAUCCAGACUUUCCGCAACAUGAUUGGACGGGCCCGGAGAAGUCCUAUAUACUCUCCAGCUUUUAUUGGGGCUACACUAUUACACAAUUUCCGGCGGGCUUUCUGGUACGUCGCUUUGGCGCCAAGGCUAUUCUCUUUAUACCAACAAUUGCCACUGCCAUUUUGAGUGCAUUGACCCCAUACUGCAUUAGCUGGGGCGGCUGGGUGGCCUUCUGUGUGCUGCGAUUGGUAAUGGGACUUUUCCAAGGACUCAUCUUUCCCUGCAUACACGAGCACUUGGCCAAAUGGUCACCACCCAUGGAACGCAAUCGUCUGGGAGUGUUUGCUUACUCAGGCUCUGAUUGCGGCGUUGUUAUGGCCAUGGGCAUAUCUGGAGGGAUAGCCUAUAGUGCAAUUGGCUGGCCAGGACUAUUCUAUGUAACGGCAGGCAUGUGCUUAGCCUGGUGUGUAAUUUGGGUGCUGCUGGGUGCCAACAAUGCGCCCAGCUCCCGCUUGGUGGGGCCAGACGAGCGCGAUUAUAUCGAACGCUCAAUGGCACGCCCUGAUGGCUUCCAUGAUCAGAAGAUUCCCGUACCCUGGCGUGCUCUCUGGACUUCGGUGCCCUUCUAUGCCUUGCUGAUUGUGACUUGUGCUCAGGGCUGGUCCUUCUCCAUAAUGCAGCUACAAACGCCUGCUUAUAUGCACGGCGUGCUUGAAAUGGAGAUCAUGAAGAAUGCUCUGUACUCUGCGCUGCCUUUCGUGGCCAUGUGGUGCAUGUCUUACAUGUACUUGAUAUUCGCCGACAUAGCCAUGUCGCGCCAAUGGAUGUCGCUGAAUGUGCUGAGGAAAUCUAUUAGCACCGUCGCGCUUUGGGGACCCGCGGCAGCACUCAUCGGUAUUGGUUUCCUGGACAAGGAGCAGACGGCACUGGCCAUUGCUCUGAUGACCAUCAAUGCGGGCUUGAAUGCAGGCUUUGGCAUUGGCUGCAACCUCACUAUCAUAGACAUGUCUCCCAACCAUUCGGGCAUGAUUAUGGCCAUUAUCAAUGGCAUUAGCAAUCUCCUUUCUCUGGGCGCGCCGCUGCUUGUGGGCGUUAUAGUUACCGAUGAAAGCUCUCGUGGACAAUGGCAAAUAGUUUUCGCUAUGACAGCCAUUCUGUUCUUCCUUGGAAAUCUGGUUUAUAUCAUCUGGGGCAGCACCAACCAGCAGCCUUGGGAUGCCGCCGAUUUUCUCAAGCCACGCGAUCUGGAACAACGUCCCCACUUGCCACCGCUCAAAAUGGAUCCUGCAGCUAGCAAAACUAACAUUGUGAUCAGUGAUGAAUCUACAGCCAACAAAUUUGCCAUUAUGGGUCCACAAGUGGAGAGUUCAAGCUCUAUGGCCUAA